UGUGGUGGUUGAAUAGCUGUGUGUGUGUGUGUGUGUGUGUGUGUGUGUGUGUGUGUGUGUGUGUGUGUGUGUGUGUGUGUGUGUGUCUCCGCACACACCGAGAGCCGCAAAUCCAGCUCGGAGCAUCAAUGAGCGGCGGACAGGAGGAUGCGGACAGCGGUCUGUAGCGGAUCUACCGGGCGUGUUGGUUCAGGACGACAUGAGACUGAGACCUAAAGGGUUUUUUUGUUUUGUUUUGUUUUUUUUUUUUGCUGGCGGCAGUGUUGGAUUUCUUCAUUUCUUACCGAGACUGAAUCUGGACGUGUAGCGGGUCUGCAAUGGAGCGUCGAUCCAGUGCGUGAGAGCUGGUGACCGUCUGUCUGUUUGUGGGCUAAUAUUACAGACAAUAAGCGAAGGAAAUUAGCCUGUAGACACAGUGGCAUCACAUUAUUAGUGUUGGUUAUCAAAGGAGUCUCUGUUAACAGGCACUGUAGCUGUUUCCCGUUAUGAUAUGAUCAAGAAGCCAUACUGAAUUUGUUAUUAAUGGUUAAAGAUUCAAUGGUUACACAAUUCAGAGGCAGACGGGAGGCUGAUUAAAGGCACCACACGGGCUUUUCAGCUCUUUUUAUAUUUGUUUUUAUUCAGAUCAAAUAAAUCAGAGAACACAAGAGAAGGCAGUCAUGUCAAAAAAUAAGAGCAGUGAGUCAGUGAAAGUGGUAGUCCGAUGCCGGCCUCUCAACCACAAAGAGGUGUCCAAUGGGCCUGCAGGGGGCAUCGUCCAGAUGGACCUCCGGCUGGGACAGGUAAUCCUCAGAAACCCACGUGCACCAGCCAGCGAGCCCCAGAAAACAUUCACAUUUGAUGGAGUUUACGAUGCAAACUCCAAGCAGCGAGAUCUCUACGACGAGAGUGUCCGACCUCUCAUAGAUUCCGUUCUUGCAGGGUUCAAUGGCACCAUCUUUGCGUAUGGCCAGACCGGAACUGGAAAGACUUACACUAUGCAGGGGGCAUGGAUGGAUCCGGAGAAGCGCGGCGUGAUCCCCAACGCGUUUGACCACAUCUUCACGCACAUCUCUCGCUCGCAGUCUGAUAGGCAGUACCUGGUGCGGGCGUCCUACCUCGAGAUCUAUCUGGAGGAGAUCCGGGAUCUCCUUGAUCCCAAACAUGGCAAUGCCAGAGCCCUGGAGCUCCGGGAGAGUCCGGAGUCAGGGGUGUACGUGCGUGAUCUCACAUCCUGCGUCUGCAAGAGCAUCAAGGAGAUUGAGGAAGUGAUGAACAUGGGCAAUCAGGCAAGGGCGGUUGGGGCAACGGACAUGAACGAACACUCGUCUCGGUCCCACGCCUUGUUCCUGAUCACGGUGGAGUGCAGCCAGCCAGGACCAGACGGAAGGAAACACAUCCGGGUCGGACGCCUCAACCUUGUGGAUCUGGCUGGCAGCGAGCGGCAAGCCAAGACAGGCGUCCAGGGGGAGCGCCUGAAAGAAGCCGCCAAGAUCAACCUUUCAUUAUCAGCACUUGGGAACGUGAUCUCAGCACUGGCUGAUGGCCGAAGCAGCCAUGUGCCGUACCGGGACUCCAAGCUGACCAGGCUCUUGCAGGACUCUUUAGGCGGGAAUGCAAAGACUGUCAUGGUCGCCACUUUAGGUCCUGCCCCUCAGCACUACGAUGAGACCCUCACCACCCUCCGCUACGCCAACCGCGCCAAGAACAUCCAGAACCAGCCAAGGGUCAACGAGGAUCCCAAGGAUGCUCUUCUGCGAGAGUUCCAGAGAGAGAUCGCUCGCCUCCGGGCCCAGCUCAACCACAGGAAGUGGAGGAGCAAACAGAAGAAGGAGCAGGUGGAGGUGGACGGCGAGGCCUGGGAGAGAGAAGGAGACGAAGAGACGGAGGGUGAGGACGAGGAGGGUGUGGAGAAGGCGGCUGAGGAGUACGUGAAGCUGGAGGAGCAGCGGUUGGAGAUGGAGAAGGAGGCGAUCAGAGGAGAUCAGUUCAUGCUGGCCGAAGAGAAGCAGAGGCUCCUGGGAGAGAAGGAAAGGAUGAUGGGAGAUCUGAGGAAGGAGCAGGAAGCCACCGAGCAACUGACCGCCAAGUACAAGGCGAUGGAGAGCAAGCUGCUGGUCGGCGGAAAGAACAUCAUCGAUCACACCAAUGAGCAGCAGAAGAUGCUGGAGAUGAAGAGGCAGGAGAUCGCUGACCAGACGUGUAGUGAGAGGGAGAUUCAGCAGCAGAUGUUGGUGCAGGACGAAGAGACUCUGGAGCUGAGAGAGACCUUCACUUCUCUGCAGCAGGAGGUCGAAGCCAAGACCAAGAAGCUCAAGAAGUAUCUCAAGCUGUAUGCCAAGCUCCAGUGCAUCAAAGCGGAGAUCCAGGACGUGAACGACGAGCACGUGAGGAGCCGACAGGAACUGGAGCAAACCCAGAACGAGCUCACCAGAGAGCUCAAAUUCAAGUAUCUGAUCAUAGAGAACUUCAUCCCUCCAGAGGAGAAGAAUAAGAUCAUGAACAGGCUGACCUUUGACCCCGAGGAGGAUCAGUGGAAGUUUCAGCCUCUAGUUCCUGCUGAAAGCAAAUCCUCGCAGAUGAAGAAAAGGCCGACAUCUGCAGUCGGAUACAAACGGCCAAUCAGCCAGUACGCCAGGGUUGCCAUAGCGAUGGGAGCUCACUCCAGAUACAGGGCUGAGAACAUCAUGUUUCUGGAGCUCGACAUGACUCCCCCAAACACCGCCUCACUGGAUCGCUCGGCGGAGGCGGAGCUGAACCAAAGUCACUCCGUGGACAGCUCGCCCACCAAGGACAGAGGCGUCCGCAAGUCUCGAUCCUGGUGUCAGACCCCAAAAUCCAUCACCUCCUCUUCUUCUAAUGUUUCCCUGGCGGCGUGCCACACUGCCACACCCAUGGCGGCACAGUAAAACCUAAGUGGAGAGAGGUUUUUUUUUUGUUUGUUUUAAUUUAUUGUAUUUCUCCCUUUCCUCCUCUUCCUCUUCUUCUCCUCGUCCCCUUUUUGGCCAGUGAUCCUCUCAAAGACUUCGAAAUACUACUGCAUCCCGAGAGGCGAUGGACGUCAUUUAAGAGUCGUAAACAAGGAAGUGAUUUUUUUUUUUUGACAGGAAACUAAAGGACCUGAUAUAAACCUCAGAAAACAUCAGUUCCUCCUGUUCUACGGAUGUGAAGACUCAACAGAACACCUCUUCUUCUUCCUUGCAUGUAUGAGACCAAGAGCCUCGGAUCAUCCUCGAAAAACAACUGGCUGCAGUGCUGUACUGCCCAGACUGUUGUGUGCACGUGUGUGUGCGUGUGUGAGUGUGUGUGUGUGUGUGUGUGUGUGUGUGUGUGUUAUCUGUAUAUACUGGACUGUAUGAUUGCCAUGUUAUGUUUCUAACUGUGACAGCUUGAAUUGCCUGUAAGAUGAGUGUAUAUAUUUCAUUGGGUUUUUGGGGCAGGUUUGGUCUGUUUCCUGUGUAAAAGAGGAGACUGAAAUUAAUUCAUAGAGGAUGAAGGUUAAUGUUCACGUUGGCUGUAGAAAACAAUGUCGUGAUUAUGUUGCCGGUCAGAUGAGGUGCUCUGAAACCUGUAUGAUGACCUGUAUCGUACCUGUUGUGUCGCAUCAUUGUGCUUGUUUGAUUUAAAAAAGCAAUGCCUUAAAAUAAUGAAAAUAGUGAGGCAUGUCACACUUUAAAAAUACAUUUACUGAUAUUUGUAUUCAUAAUGCAUAGCCAUUAAAGUCAGGAACCAUUAGAUGUCUUAUUUUGGUCAGGUUUAUUAAAUAAUGUCAACCUUAUUACCCAUUAAUAUCUAAAAACUGAACUUUCUACUCCAGGUGGAAAACAAACUCAAAACGAAUUUUCAAUGAAAAAUCUUAAAGUGAUAAAAAAAUAUAUUGAUCUGUAUAAGUGUGCAAACCGUUUUGCUGCCUUCCUUUGGAACAACAUUGGAACUACAUUCCCUCAACCUCACAGCUUUCAUAUUCCUACCCAGAAGUGGAAUGUAGUGUCAAAGGAAAGGGCUGUUUGACGCCAAUGUACAGCAGUAAAAGUUUUCAAAACACAGCAUACACCUAAACAGAUAUAUAUUUUUCUUUUAGGCGGCUAAUAAACGUAAAUAAUCAGCUUCCCUGCUGCUGCUACGCGGUCACCUACUGCAGGUAAUACACCCACUGGGGAUAAGCACCUCAAACAACCCCAUAUCAAAAAGAAAUGAUAAAAUUCCACUUGCGACAUUUGUGGGCAAAUAAUAAUUAGGAGCAAAGUUCACUGUUGGCCAAAGGAACAGAAGUUUAACGAACAAAAAACAUUUUCCGUAGCUGGGGGCCAUACUCCCUCUGAAACAAACAAGCAAAACACUUUCUGAUGUAUGAUGACAGAAAACUCAAAUGAUAUGGUUACUUUUAUGAUAUAUUUGGUCAUAUACAGCUUGUUUGAUUAAAUUGAGCUCCAUUCUCACAGCAGCUUCUUGAACCAUUCUGGUUAAUGAAUACACCUUCGGUCUCUGUUCAUGUGUUCGUGUUCACCUGGUAACAGACUGUUGGCUGUCUGAGUUAAAGUGCACCUCACUGGCUGGUUCGGACAGCAGUCUGCAGUCGGCUGUGUACAGUUUAGUGUCACAGGGUUCGCUACUUGUUAGAGUUUAAGAGGAGCAGACAGUGGGGGUCAGGCUGACUAAUUAUCACUGUAUUAUUGAUGCCAGAGAUCCAGUUGCAGCGAAACCUCCUGAUAGCACAGAGUAGUGUUUUACUUGUGUGUAGGAACAUUUAUGAUCAUUAAUGUGCAGCAGCUCUGUUGCUUUUUUAAAGAGGUUUUUUUUUUUUUUUUUUUACAAUACUUUAUACAUGACACUGUCUCCCCCUCUGUAUAAAUGUGUUAAGACCUAAACAUCAAGCCAUAUCAUCGAAAAUAUCUGAUCACUUGCAAGGAAGUUUCGCAAAAAUUCAUUGAGAAGUCAGACCUGGAUCAUUCUGUGGACGAAACAAGAUAACUGAGGACGUCAUCUUGGACAUUUUUCAUAUAACAAAUGAUGGAUAAAUCCAGAAAAUCACUGAAGUAAUAGAGGAUGACGGUCAAAAAAUAGAAUAUAAGUGUCUGACAUUUCCCAGAGCUCAAGGUAACCUCUCAGAAUUGCUGCUUUUGUCCGACCAAAAGUCCAAUACUUGAAGAGCUUCAGGUGACGCUUGCAUCCAAAAGAGAAAAGCAGCAGUCACUUAUAUUAUUUAUUGCUAAUAUAAGCUAGAAGCAGAAAAUAUUUGGCAUGUUGGCUCGAGCAGUCGCCUGCUAAAAUGAUCUGACAUAAACAAAACCAGGGGAAAAGAGUUAAAUUCAUUCUGUGAAAAAGUGCUGUUUUCAUUGAAUUCCUAAAUCUGUGUUAACCUACUUCAAACACUGUCUCCACCAUUUACGGACACACACUGAGGAUUUUAUGUGUUUACUCAUUAGUGCAUGGGUACAUAAUUGACCUAGUUUGCUACCCCCCCCAAAAAAAAUGUGACUUUAAAAGCUCGGAGGCUUUGUGACGAUGUUCGUGUCCAUGCUGAAAAAUGGAGGUUAAAAUACAUGCACCUUUUAUUGAAGUGAAAGAAGAGCCACAAAUUGAAGUGCAUUCCUGCAAAAUGAGUUGGGCUUAAUCGGGAGAAGAUGGGCAUGCAUUUGGACACGUUCUCAAGCAUUUCGGGGGGCUUUUUGUCAGGGAAGACACUGAAAAACUGAUUUAAAAAUGAGAAAUUAGUCCACAAUACAGAAAACUGCUCAGUUAAAUGUUGCUGUUUUAUUCGGCCUGUGUAAUGCCGCAUCCAUCAGUUCUACUGCUUCAAAAUAUCCAUUAAUUAUGUGUUGCCUCUCAUGUACAAACAUAUGUCAUAUUAUCCUGUGAAAUCGUCCUUGUACGUUGAUUCUCAUCUGUGUCAGGGCUGUAAAAUAUUCUACAAACGUGUGUGUGAGUGAGUGUGUGAGGGCUGUGGGGGAGGGGGAGGAUGCCGAUGGAGGACGUGGGGAGGGGGACGGAUGGAUGCAGGGAUCCAGAGACAAUCAGGAAGUGAAGUGCGACUGUGGAGGAGGUGGAUACCGAGCCUGUUUCCAUGGUAACCUGCUGGUAAAGGGUGAUGGGAUGGGGAUGGGGGGGUUUUCAUGUAUCUAUAUGUAUGUAUGUAACAUGGUGGGCCAGUCGGGCUGAGCUCAUGUCUGGCUGAUUUAAAAAAAAAAAGGUAAUAAAGAUACCGUCACAAGCG